AUGGCUCCGAACCGCAAAUAUGCCAAUUACCCCGGUGCCCGCGAGGCGCCGACGCAAGUAAAAACAGAGACCCAAAAGGAGGAUCAGAACCCCGUCCUCCGCGGCUGGCCUCUUGUGGCGGGUGCAACAGCACUCGCCAACUCCGGCGUCAUCCAGCGCUUCUUCUGGCGCAACGCCAAGUUUGGCUCCAUCAGAGACCUUCCCGGCCUCGUCGAUUAUAGAUACCGCUUUCAGCCCGAUGUACUCGUCCUCUCCGAGACAGGAUCCCACCCGGAACCCCUUGCGCUCACCAAGGACCUGACAACCCCGGCACCGCAAGACCAACCAGGCCGCUAUCUGUCCAGCGCAGAUUACCAAGCCCUCUACGCCUCAGGAGCCGUCACCCCGCUGGACGUGGUCCAGUCACUGUUGCCCCUGAUCCGGCGCGCAGAGGGUCACCCCCCACCCGAGACGGGACCCUACGCAAACGCCUGGGUGGCGUCCCACGGCCGCGAGGACCUCGCCAUCGACGCAGCCCGCGCCUCCACGGAGCGGUGGAAGCAAGGCAAAACCUUGGGACCCCUCGACGGCGUCCCCAUCGGUGUCAAGGAUGACUGCGACGUCAAGGGCUACGUCAGCCACAAUGGAAUGCAGUACCGCCCCGACCUGCCGUGGUUCAAGGCCGCCGACAAGACGAUAUGGCCUGUACAGCAGCUUGAGGCCGCUGGCGCCAUCGUCUUGGGCAAGAACGCCAUGCAUGAGCUGGGAGGAGAUACCAACGGUUGCAACCCCCGUUGGGGAACCCCCACAAACUGGCACAACAAAUCGUACUACCCCGGCGGUUCCUCCUCCGGAGCCGGCUCCGCCCUUGGCGCCGGCAUAGUCCCCAUCGCAAUCGGCACCGACGCCGGCGGCUCCAUCCGCAUCCCGAGUUCCUUCAACUCCGUCUACGGCCUGAAGCCCUCCCACCACCGCACAAUGGCAAUGAACUCGUCGGUCUGCGUAGUCGGGCCCCUCGCCGCCACCGUCGCCGACCUCACAAUCACCUACCGCCUCAUGUCCCGCCCCAACCCAGACGACCCCAUCCAAGGGCUCUACACCCCCUCCCCGGCACUCUCCCCCUCCUCCCCGAAACUCAUCGGCAUCGAUGAGGCGUGGUGGUCCCGCGCAGACCCGUCCGUCGCCAAAGUCUGCCGCCGCGCCGUGGACCACUUCAAAUCACAGGGAUACACCGUCGUUCCCAUCAAGAUCCCCUACCUCCGCGAGAUCCAGCUCAUGCACUCGGCCACCUGCGUCACCGAGAUGCAGGACCUCGCCCGCCACCGCCACCCGGACCCGGACCAGUGGCAGUCCAUAAUCAACCACGCCAACAAGAUCACAAUGUCCGUCGGCACGCAGACGCCCGCGGGCGACUACAUGAAGUACGCCCAGCUCCGCGACCUGCUGAUGAAGCACGUCGCCUGGCUCUACGAGCAGAACCCGGGCAUGCUCAUCGUCACGCCAACCACCCCUCUGCCCGGCUGGCCCCGCCAGCCCGGCGACGACGCGUACGGCGUCUCUGAUGCCAACACCACCAUUGCAAAUAUGAGCUACGUCUACGUCGCCAACGUGAGCGGGUGUCCCGCCGUCACGGCGCCUGUGGGCUACGUCGAUCCCGUACAGGGCGAAGGUAAGGUUCCCAUUGGGCUCAUGGCUAUGGCGGAGUGGGGUUGCGAGGAGCAGCUUCUCGGCUGGGCGAAGGAGGCCGAGACGUAUUUGAUCGCGGAGGGGCGGCAGAGGCCCGAGGGGUGGGUGGAUGUUGUCGAGGUUGCCAAGAAUGGCGGCCUCGAGGCGAAGAAGAACAUCUAA